AUGGACAAGGUCAAGACGUCAAUUGCGGAAAAUCUGGGCGGCAUUUCGCACAAAUUGGCCGACAAGGCUGACCAGUUUGACAUCAACCACGACGUGCCCGAUCUGUCGGGUAAGGUAGCCUUAAUCACCGGUGGUAGCGAAGGCAUCGGGUAUGCGGUGGCGUACACGUUGCUUAAAGCAAAUGUAACCAAAAUGUUCAUUGUGUCGAUGAAGGAAGAUGUCAAAGAUCAUGCUGUCGAGGAAAUACGCCAGAACCUUGGCUCCGAAUAUUCCAACAAGGUCGUGUGGUUGCAGUGCGACCUGUCCGACCUGCCCGGCGUGACCGAGGUAGCAAAGCAGGUCCGCAACCAGACUGACCGGCUGGAUAUCUUGUGCCUCAACGCCGCCCGGGGAAUCAUGACCUACCAGCUGACUGAUUACGGGCUCGACCGACACAUGGCCAUCAACCAUUUCGGGCAUGUGACGCUGACAUCACACCUACUGCCGCUGUUGAAGAAGACCAGCGAUACGGACACAGUGCGGAUCCACAUGCAGUCGUCGCGAUCGCACGAAGACGCGCCCAAGGAUGUCAGGUUUGAAUCGCUCGAUGAGCUGAACACCGACCUGGGCCCCAACGGGCAGUACGGCCGGUCGAAGCUGGCUGUGCUGCUUUACGCUCGGUAUCUGGACGCCCACCUGCACAAGGAGUAUCCCAAUAUCCUGAUCAACGCGACGCACCCGGGCAUCGUCCAGACCAAACAAUCCAUGCAGGACAUCAAAGAGCCGUAUCCUACAGUUGGGCAAGCCAUGCCACUGGCGGUCAAGUACAUCAUGAAGGACAUCUGGAUGGGCUGCGUGAGCACUGUGUACGCGGCGACUGCCACGACCAAAUCCGGCCAGUAUAUCUGCCCGCCAGCGAUCGUGGAGCCGGGGAGUGAGCUUUCGCAGAACGGUCAGCUGGGCGAGCAAUUGAUGAAGCUGACGCGGCAGAUUGUCAAGGAGAAAUUCGGUGCACAGAGCGUCGAGAAGGGAUGUCCUCUGACGGAUUAUUAG